CAACACGAGCAAAAAGAAACUCCAACUUUAAAGAGCAGAGUUCACGUCAACAGAGGAGCAAAGUCCACAUUCCUCCUGCGAUCCUUCCUGUCUGGAGGCCCCGGGCUGCUCAUAAGGGGGCUCCUCCCGGAUCCAAAGGUCCUCCUGCGUGGGCACAAGGAAGUCAGAGGAGGAGAAGGAGUCCACCAGAGGGAUGGGAGCGCAGGAGGAGGAGGAGGCUCCUCCGCCGGAGAAGAACAAGCAACACAAGAACAGCAAAGAGGUUUUCUUCUCCGUCCUGCCGGAUCGAUACGAGCCGCUGAUCGAGGAGGAGGAGGAGGAGGAGGAGGAGGAGAGGAGGAGGAGGAAGGAGGAGAAGAAGAGCAGGAAGAAGAAGAAGUACAAGAAGUACAGGAAGAACGUGGGCAAAGCGCUGCGCAUCAGCUGGCGCUGCCUGAUGCUCGGCCUUCAGAACAUGGCGUCCGUUUACUCCACCCCCGCCUCCGCCGCGUCGGUGGUGGUGACGGAGGUUCACCGAACCGCUGGCAGCAAAGCAUGAUGGGAAAUGGACGGGCCACCCAACUGUACCGUGGACGACAGCCAUUUAGUCUCCUUCUCAUAUAUAUAUACAUAUAUGUAUAUAUAUAUAUAUAUGUAUAUAUAAAAUCCCAAAUCCUUUUUCCAUCAGAUUCCUAUCAAAACUAAACUAUAUAUAUAUAUAUAUAUAUAUAUAGCAUUUGGGUUUUUGAAUUUUUUUGAGUUUUAAUAAUGUGAUAUAAAACAUAUAUCUGCUUUGUAUUCAGUGGUUUUAAUGUGCGAUAUACUUUCAGUUGUGUUGUGUGAAUCCAAAAUGUGAAAAUGUUUUCGGGGUCUCCUUUGUUCCUUCCCUACCUCCUUCCCUACCUCCUUCCCUAUACCCAUACUCCUCUUUUGAUCCUGAUUGAUCCUGAUUGAUGGAUAAAUAAAUUCGUUCCCCGGCUUGA